AAUAGGAAGACAUAUAUGUUGCCAAACUUAACAGUAACCCCGAUUUACUUUGGCAUUGUCUCCUACCUGAUGUGGGCAGUGUCGGGUGCCUCCUUCUUCUUCUUCCUCAUUUCGCGCCUGCUUAACGGCGCGGCCAGAGCCAACGUGGCAGUCCUCUCGGCCAUGGUGAGCGACAUCAGCAACAAGGAGACGCGUACCCGUGGCAUGGCC